AUGAGCCGUGAUGAACUCAUCGAGCUGGACAAGCAGAGGAGCGAACACGGCUUAACAUGGUGGAGGCUGUGGCAAGAGUCAUACCUGUCUGAUCUUAAGCGAUUUCACUGUUGCAAGGGAAAGGGCACCAGAAUUCCGCGUGUUGGCGAAAUCGUCCUGCUGAAAGAACCUAACAUCAAACGUGUUUCGUGGCUGACGGCUAUUGUUACAGGAGUGAUACCUGGAACCGACGCCAAGGUGCGAGCGGUUGUUUUACGACUACGUUUGGGUAAGGAAACCACCAGGAGCAUCCAGACUAUCUACCCAUUAGAAGUUCAAGCCGAUAUCGCCACGCCCGUCGAUGAUACCGGAAUCGGCACAGUGGAGAAGACUACGUCUACGAGAAAGAAAAAUCCGCUCCUUAAGAAGAAUUUGGAAUCGCGCGAGGACGCUGGCGACUCCGGCAGGGGGGAUGUUGCGGAUUGUCAAAGCCCACAGGAAGAGAGAGUAUCUAAAUUUGGAAGGCCCGUCAGACGGCCUAUUGUUUUUGACUUAUAA